ACCCUAAAAAAAGAGACAAACGCAUUUUUAUCUGGUGGUGAUGAAAAGUCAAUGAACCUGGACACACAGCAUGGUGUGAAUGUGAUGCUCAGACAACUAAGCUUCAGAUCCUCUCUUAUCCCUUUCUCUUUUUAUUCUCCACGAAUCUCCCUGAAACCACCUGCCUCGAUCAGCUCUCGAAUCAAAGCUACCAUGUCCACCAUCUCGACUCAGAACGAGUCAACUCAACAGACUCAGAGACCCGUCCAGGUAGCCAAACGAUUAGAGAAGUUCAAGACUACAAUAUUCACUCAAAUGAGCAUAUUGGGCAACAAACACGGAGCAAUCAACCUAGGCCAAGGCUUCCCCAACUUCGACGGUCCAGAUUUCAUCAAAGAAGCCGCCAUCCAAGCCAUCAAAGACGGUAAAAACCAGUACGCUCGUGCCUACGGCUCUCCCGACCUCAACUCCGCAGUAGCUUCACGUUUUCAUCAAGACACUGGUCUCGUAGUUGACCCCGAGAGAGAAGUCACCAUCACCUGCGGCUGCACAGAAGCCAUAGCUGCGUCUGUCUUAGGUCUAAUCAACCCUGGCGACGAAGUCAUCCUCUUCGCACCUUUCUACGAUUCCUACGAGGCGAUGCUCUCCAUGGCUGGUGCUAAAGUGAAAUGCAUCACUCUACGCCCGCCUGACUUCGCCAUCCCUUUGGAUGAGCUUAGAGCUGCUGUGAGUAGUGAGACGAGAGCUAUUCUCAUGAACACUCCUCAUAACCCUACGGGGAAGAUGUUCACAAGAGAAGAGCUUGAAGUCAUCGCAUCUCUAUGCGUCGAAAACGACGUCAUUGUGUUCUCUGAUGAAGUGUAUGAUAAGCUUUCCUUUGAGAUGGAACAUAUCUGCAUAGCUUCACUUCCCGGUAUGUUCGAGAGGACUGUCACAAUGAACUCUCUAGGGAAGACUUUUUCGUUAACCGGGUGGAAGAUCGGUUGGGCCAUUGCGCCGCCUCAUCUAACGUGGGGGAUACGUCAAGCGCAUUCUUACCUCACGUUCUCUAUUUCGACGCCGAUGCAAGCCGCGUCUGUCGCGGCUCUCGGGGCGCCUGAGUCUUACUUCACGGAGCUGAAGAGAGAUUACAGUGAGAAGAAGGAGAUUUUGGUUAAGGGUUUGAAGGAAGUUGGGUUUGAGGUGUUUCCAUCUAGUGGGACUUACUUUGUGGUGGUGGAUCAUACACCGUUUGGGUUUGAGAACGAUGUGGCUUUUUGUGAGUAUCUUAUCAAGGAAGUUGGGGUUGUUGCGAUCCCGACGAGUGUGUUUUAUUUGAAUCCGGAAGAAGGGAAGAACUUGGUUAGGUUUGCGUUUUGUAAAGAUGAGGAGACUCUGCGUGGCGCAGUUGAGAGGAUGAAGCUGAAGCUUAAGAGAGUGGUCUGAGGCUUUGAAUCAUUGUAAAAGACCUUAUUGUUAUGCUUAUUGUGUUGUUCUUCUUUGGUGGUUCCAUUUGAAAUAAGACUUUGUUUCACCAAAGCUAGCUAAUAAAGUAAGUUGACGUUAUUAUUA